AUGUCAAACCUGACUUACAUCAAAGGUGUCAGAACUAGGCAUAGGAAUAGCUUACAGAGAGAAAUUGAACAUGUUGAAGAAUUAUUAAGUCAUAAUCUAGAAGAAGUUGAUAUAGAGCAGGAAAUUGUGAGUACAAAUAAGUGUUUGAAAGCACUAAAAUCUUACUGUGAAAAAGUGGAAAUUCAGUGUAAAAGAUACGCGACCGCAAUAGGUGAUAGUGAUGAGGAAUUGACUGAACAAAUAAUGGAUGAAGACUACAACUUAUGUUCUAAAUCAAUGGAAUAUUAUGCUGAGUUAGAGGAAUACAAAGAGAGGUUAUUAAAGAAAAAAGAGACAACUGACCUAAAAACAACUGAACCUAAACAUGCUUUUGCAUUACAGGAAGAAAUGCAAUCAUUCAUGAUGAAACAAAGUGAACGUCAACAAGAGUUUAUAGAACGACAGAGUCAGCGACAGCAGAUUUUUAUGGAAAAACAAAGUGAACAGCAACAGGAAUUAAUGGAAAAAAUCAGUGGAACACGGGAACAUUCGAAAUCUGUGAAGUUGCCAAAACUUGACUUAACAUCGUUCAGUGGUAAUAAGCUUAAGUGGCCUGAGUUUUGGGAUUCAUUUGAUUGUGCUGUUCAUGGUAACGACAAGUUGUCUGAUAUUGAGAAAUUCAGUUAUCUACGAAGUAAGUUAGUGGGAGAAGCAAAGGCGUCCAUUUCGAGAUUGGCGCUUUCCAAUGAUAAUUAUGCAGUAGCAAUUGCAUUAUUGCAGGAUAGAUAUGGAAAGAAACAAGAAAUAAUAGAUCUCCAUUAUAGCAAGUUGAUGACUAUCGUUCCCCCUACGAGUAAGACUGAUAGCCUUCGUUUCUUCUUAGAUACGAUUGAGAAGCAUCUCAGAAGUUUAGAAGUGUUGCGGGAAAAUGUGAAUCAAAGUAUGUUUGUAUCAAUGAUAAAGUCAAAAGUUCCAAAAGACGUACUUCUGCAUUUGGAAGUUCAAAAGGGUUCUGAAAAAGAAUGGACUGUUGCAGACUUAAUGAAACAGUUGAGAGCAUACAUUAUUGCAAGAGAACGAACAGAGCAGGACGAUUCUCCAAACAGUGGCAAUAGUGAAAGGAGUAGAAACUUUCGCUAUGAAAGGUCAGUGAAACCAGCUAAUUUUAAAUACAGGAGAUAUGACAUGAGAGGUAAAGAUAAAUUUGUAAAUUCGCGUCGGAACACGGAGCAUACAAGCUCAGCUGAAGCCUUGGUAUCUACGGACAAACCACGUACCCCGAAAAGUUAUGCUGAUCAGUGUAGAUACUGUAAGAAGAGUCACUGGAGUGACGAAUGUCCGACUUACCGGACCAUAGAAUCACGCAAAAAGAUGCUGAAAGACUCUUGUUUUAAAUGUUUGAAGUUCGGACACCUUAGCAGAGAAUGUAAGGGAAACAAGGUGUGCGUUUACUGUGGUGAAAGGAACGUCCACCACAGAAGUUUGUGUCCGAAAAAGUUUAUACAUAAUGCAGUUAAUGAAACUGUUCAUGUUAUGGAGGAAAUAACAACAGAGACGGGAUUAGCUGAAAUUUCGGACGAAAAUGUUUUAGUCUCAACGGGAGAAAUAGUGUUAAUGCAAACUGCAUCAACGGAAGUAGUGAAUCUUGCGAAAACAAAAAGUCGGCAACUGCGUCUUCUGCUCGACUCAGGUUCACAAAGGACGUAUAUAUCUGAACGUUUAGCAGAGCAGCUGAAACUAGAGAAAGGUCAGACAUAA